CGCAGACGGUCCCUCGAUUUGUGUGUCUCAUAUUCUCUUGCCGAUUCUAGAAACUCUAAAAGCAAGCUCGUCAACCAUGUCGUACAAGGUGACCUCCACCCUUUGCAUGGUCUUCCUCCUUCUCUUCUUCUUCUCUCUGACUAGCCACGCUCGGCCGGAACCAGCUUUUUCCGAUGUCAAUACUUCAGCGAAAAUUCAACACCUGGACGAUGAGGCGGAGAAAGUGAUGGUUGAAGAAAGUUGUGAAGGAAUUGGAGAAGAAGAGUGCUUGAUGAGGAGAACACUGGUUGCUCACAUUGAUUAUAUCUAUACACAGAAGAAUAAACCAUAGAAUAUCUUAUAUAUUUUUGUAAUAUGUAAUAUAUAUAUAUAUAUAUAUAUAUUCCUAAUAUUUGUUCCUCUCAGUUCAAUACCCUCUUUUUCUUGGCUAUUUUUUCUCCGAUUAUUUUCAUGUAUUAUAAAUUUAUAUAUUAUUGAUUUUCGGAGGUCGGGUUGUAAUAGUAAAUAAAUAGUGCCCCUCUUAAUUUUCUAUUUUUCGAGGGGGAAAGAUUUCUUGUGUGUUAUUUGAUAGUACUAGAUAUAUAUGUUCUGUUUUCUUACUUUUUAUUAACCAAUGUACCGUACAUAUAUAUAUGUAUAUAUAUCAAUAUCUGAGGA